AUGAAGCGACCAGCCCACCAAUCACAGCCAUCGGGGACAUCGACGCCGUCAGGUCCAAAAUCCAAGAAAGUCCGCAACCCUGCCAAGCCAUCUCAACCAGAAGCUGUCGCCAUUCGCUCGCCUCCCAAGCCGAAUUCUAUAACCAUCGUUAUCGGCACAUAUGAGCACAUUCUCUAUGGGCUCAACCUGACUUUUCCUCCUUCUCCGGCUAUCCCGACCUUCACCACCUUAUUCCAUUUCGUCGCACAUCGCAGUCCGCUCAACGUCCUCGCCGUACCAUCGUAUCCUGCCACGCCGAUAUUAGCCAGUAGUGCUGCAGACUCGCCGCUUACUUUGUGGUCGUUAUCGAAACGACGAUGUCUUGGGACACUAUCAUGCGGGGUGCUUGCCACCGACGCUGGUGGGGCUGGUCGCGAGCCUGGUGUAAGGAUAGCCCGGUUCGAUCGUUCAGGCAAGAUUCUAGUCGUGGGCGACGAAACAGGCGGUAUGACGGUCUAUCGAACGAGUGAUUGGGCAUUGGUCCGAAAAUUCUCUGGGGGCGGGAAAGGUCGAGUCAACGAUCUGGCCAUCGAACCCCAAAAAGGCCGCAUCAUGCUCAGUGUCGGUCAAGAUCGUUGUCUUCGGAUGUGGGAUCUCAGCGGGGGGAAAGAUAAGGGGAAACCGAUGGCGAGUGUCCGGCUAGGAACAGAAGCUGAUUGUAUCGGUUGGAGUCCAAGUGGAAAAAAAAUGGUCGUGGUUACUGGGACAAUCGUCACUGUUUAUGACAUAAUGAUGGCACCCCUAUUCACCUUCACCUCUCCCCGAGGUCGAGUCCACGAUGCCAAGUUUUUCAUCGACAAACGAUCCGAAGAAUAUUUGAUUUUGGCUUGCGAUGAUUCAGUUGGUCGGAUUUUUCAUUUAGGCCAAUCAACCGUCAACAGCGACACUGAACCGCAAUGCGUAGCUGAAUUACUCGGUCACUCCAAUCGACUCAAAUCCGUCGAGUUGGUCAAUCUGCAGAAUGAAGAUGACGCCACCUAUGCCGUAACAAUAUCAAGUGAUGGGUUCUGUCAUGUCUACCAAUUUCUGUCGGAGCAAUGGGACGAUCCGGAUGGUCCUCAUGAACUCGAGCCAGUUGCAAAAUAUGACACGGGAGGGUGCCGACUCACGUGUUUGUCAGCAGUUGCAGUUGCCAGUGGUCACGAUUCUCAAGAAGAACAGAUUGCUCAAGAAGAUGUUGCUCAAGAAUCAGGCGAGGAUGACGCGGAUGAGUGGUCGGGGAUCGACUUGCAGGCGAAUGGUGAAGAGAUAUCAUUAGAUGAUUCGGGUAGCGAUCCAUCAUGCGAUUCAGAACCGAACUAG